AUGGCUGCCUCAAUCGCUCCUGAAUGCAAUCAAACUAAAGAGCAAUACGAUACUUGUUUUCUGAAAUGGUACAGCGAGAAAUACCUUCGUGGCAACACCACGUCAAAUGACUGUGAUGAGCUCUUCUCCAAGUACAAAAGCUGCUUGCAUAAAGCACUCAAAGAGAAAGGCAUGGACAGCAUGCUGGAUGAUGCUCGAAAGAGCAGCAGUGAAACCGACGCAGAAUUUCUCAAAAAGUCCUAA